AUGAACUACGUGUCGUUUAGUCUCCUCUAUAUUAGACGUUGCGCCGUUUGCUACUAUGAGCUAUUCAAUGUUAUAAACUACCUGCCGGUUCCAAACUCGAGUAGAUCGUCUUCUAUUAUUCUACGGACUCUGAAUCUCGUCGGCGAGACAAAAACCAGAUCAGGAUUCAUCUCUUAUACGCAAGACAUGAAUCUAGGUUUCGUAAUUGGAGUUCUCGGCGUCCUUAUCCUUUCCCACGCCGCUUAUUCAACAAUCCAAUAUAGAGGAUUGUUGAAGAUCACUGAGGAAGAGUUCUCUGGACCUCCGUUGAAUGUUGUUUUGGAGUUGAUCGUGGGAUUAGCUCUAUGUAUGUGGGCUGCUUUGACUUUCCCUGGCAAGUUUCUCUCCAUUCACCCUGACUCCGAUGAAAACAGGGCGGUGUCUUUACCAGAUAACACGGAUUUCAUGAUAUUCAAUCACCGUGGCCGACUCUUCCCACCUGAGAUCACCAUGAAGUUUUGAUUUUGUUUUUUUUUUUAUCCUACUGCUUAGUCGAAAAGUCAUCUAUCCAAUGUAAUGAGAUAUGUUGUUUCCAUUGAUAUUUUACUCUACUCAACUUAACUACUUCUGCUUUCCAUCAGUUUGUGAUUUUAGAAAGUCUCUGUUUAGAAAUGAAAAGUCAACAUUACC